GUUGCAGCGACGAAACCAAACAGACAAAGAAUGUGGAAACAACAAUGGGGGCGACCGGAUGUGUUCCAGCUGCUGAACGAUGUUUGGAGACGGAUCACAACAAACAGAAGGCUUCUCCAAAUUCAGCCAAAGACCCGCUCUUCACUGUGAAGUCGUUGUUUCGUCGUCAUGGUAACCUGAAGCGUCACCUCCAGCUGUUACCAGUCUUCUUGUACUGAUCACUGACGGGCCCAGCAGGACACGCAGCUCUAAUCCCUCCAUGACCUCCCUGCGUCGAGAGGGCGAGAGAAUGAGCUGGAACAAGGGAGCGGAGGAGACUUAAGGAGCUGAACUUUACAUCCAGCGGGUUGGACUGGUUUUAUCCGAGUCAUGGGGGAGCAGAGGACCACCUUCCCGGUGCUUCGUUUGGACCUGGACAACUUCGACCUGGCGGAGGCGGAGAGGAGCCGCUAUGUCUUGACCAGCCCCCGCUCUCUGCAGUCCUGUUCGCGUCUCGGCAUCAAACCCGUGGAACUUCUGAUCAAAUCCCUGAACGAGCGGAUCGCUGAACAGAGGGAUGUUCCCCUGGAGGCGGUGCGAGUUAUGCACGAAUCCUACGAAAGGGAGAGAACGAAGCUUUUGCAAAUGUGCCGAGAGGAGCGGGAGAGGAUUAUCCAGGGGAGAGCAGGGGACAGGUGGCCGGGCCUGGAGGAGGUGCCCGUCGCCAAAGUGAAGGAUCAGUCAACACAGAGACACUCCAUCCCGUAUGCAGACCUGUGCCUUAAAGGGAAACCAGCCAGCAGGUCCUCCGGCUCUGCUGCUGGUCCCAGAGAGCCAGACAGGAGCACAGUCUGCAGCUACAGGCUGGGAGACCUCAGACACUCCCCAGCUACCGAGAGGAAACUGGAGAGGCUCACAGAGGACAUCAGGAGGGAGAUGUGUGUCACGGUGUCAGAGAGAGACCGCAAGAUAGCUGCUCUCAUGCUGGUGAAGCACGAGGAGGAGCAGGCUCGCCUGGAGCACUGUCAGCAGGAGAAGCAGGAGCGAGAGGAGGCCCAGAGGCAGGUGGAGGCUCAGCGGGCUCAGGUGGAGAAGAAGAGGAGGAGGAAACUGAGGCAGAGUGUGCAAUGCUGGCAUGAGGAUCUGGAGGCCCGCAGGAGGCUGAGGGAGCGUCAAGAGAAAGAGAAAGUGGUACAACUCAAGCUGGAGGCACUUCUGCAGGAGGACCGCUGGAGGAGGCUGAAGGAGGAGGUGGAGGCCCAACGUAGAGAAAAGAUGGAGGCUGCACAGAAAGAGGCGAAGGGACGCAAACACUACCAGGAGAAGCUGCUGAGGGAGAAGCAAGAGGUGGAGAAGAGGGUGCAGGAGAAGGAGAGACAGGUGGCAGUGGAGAAGGAGCAGAAGGCCAGAAGGAGCAGAGAGCUGCAGGAGAAGAAAGAAAGGAAGAGGCUGCAGGAGGAAAACCACAAGGAGCUUCUUCGACACAUCCUUCUGAAACAGGAGAUAGAACAGCGUGUGGGGGAAGAGGAGGCCCAGAUGAGGAGCACCCUGGAGAAGAAGCUGCAGCACUCCUGUGAGACACGUGCCCAGGCCGUGGAGGCCCGGCUGAAGGAGCUGCAUGGGCGAGCAGCCCGGGAGGAGGAGCAGGUUCAGAGGGCGCAGCUGAGGUCCAAGCUGCAGAGCGUCCAGCAGCUCACGCACAAGCAGAUCCUGGUCCAACUGAACCAGCGCCGCAUGGAGCGGGCCGCCCGGUACACCUCCGCCCAGCACAGGGACAGAGCACAGCGGACGCAGCAGCGCAACAAACACAAGCAGCUCUGCCACCGGAGGCUCUGGGAGAGGCUGCAGAGAGAGGAGGAGGCAAUGAGGAGGCUCAGGGAGAGCUACAUCCGCAUGAAGGAGUGGAGGAGAGAGAGGCUGCGGAGACAACGGGACCAAAUACAGGAGGAGGCCAAGACGCUGGCUCGGGCCUCCUUUCACUUGAUGGACAGGGCGAGGCAGCUGACACACAGACGGACCUUUGCCCAGAUGGCUCUGCAGGCUGAGCUGACGGCCUCCAUGAGCCACAUGAAACUAUGAAAGAAAGUCUGCCUCAACAAUCUGAAAAUGUAGCAAGGACAUGUCAUACAUGUCGAUGAAUGUGUUGUUACCGGGCUGCAGCUGCAGCUUUAAAUACAUGUUGGGGCCCCGAGCUGCACAGAGGGCCCUUAAACACACCAUGGAUCAUUAUCAUGUCCGAGUUGUUCUCAAUGGGCUCAAAGUAGCUCAAUGAGGGAUGUGCAGGAUUUUAAUUGUGUAACGACACACAAAGGGACAGUGCGAUUGGAUAUCCAACAUAAAGGGUGGUGCCAUAUAUUGUUUUAAAUGUGUUAAAGUUAAGAAUGAACCUGGAGUUAUAGGUCUGACCAUGUGGUGACCUCCCAUCAGGAAGAUCUAACAGUGCAGAGGGGUUUGUAUUGAGAGAUCCAGCAGGACACCGUUUAGUUUUACACAUAUUCCUGCCUGUGGAGAGUUGAUGGGUAAGUGAGACUGCCUCUGGUGGUACAUGAAGGAGUUGGCAUCAGUGUUUUGAAUUUGCUAUAAGCAGCCAUUCACAGCCAGUGGAGCACAGAGAGGAGAGGAGGGGUUAAAGGAGAAUGUUUGGAGGUUGAAGAUGAGCCAGAAGUUGCAGCGUUGACCUCUGGGUAAUGUUCAGCUCACCACUGUGUCUGACCACCACUGUGUCUCUGUAGAAACCUUUUUUAUAUACAUUUAUGUGAAUUAAGCAGAUUAACAUUUACCUAAAUGACAGGAUUUGAAGCAGAACCAAAGAAAUAUAUAAAUGUAGACUAGAAACAGCUUAGUGAAGUGAUGAUGUAUUGCACAGUGUUUUGUAUGUUUCACACCUUCUCAUGACUUUAUUGUAUCUGGAUAUGCUUUAUUAUAAUUUUAUUAUGAAAUUAAAAGCAAAAUGUCUUAAUGUU